AUGGGGAGAGGCAAAGUGGUGAUGGAGAGGAUAGAGAACAAGAUAACGCGUCAAGUAACGUUUUCAAAACGCAGGAAUGGGCUGUUCAAGAAGGCUACGGAGCUGUCGGUGCUGUGCGAGGCCGAGGUCGCUCUCAUCGUCUUCUCCAGCCGCGGGAAGCUUCACCACUUCUCCAGCACUGACAUCAUCAAAACUCUUGAGCGAUAUCGGCAAUGUUGUUACGCAUCACAGGAUUGCAAUGACAAUGGGCAUGAAACACAGCAACUUAUAAUGUACCAACAGAUCUUAAAACUACGAGCCAAAUAUGAAUCACUUCAGCGCUCACAAAGGCACUUUCUUGGAGAUGAUAUUGAACUACUAAGUGUCAAAGAAUUACAGAAUCUUGAGAAACAACUUGACAAAACUCUAUUACAAGCUAGGCAACAUAAGAUUAGGUCAAACCUGGUCAAUGUGCUGACGUGUCACUGUGGGGUCCACCCCGCUAAUGUGGCAGUGCUGAUGUUGUCGGGUCUGGAGCGGUUGUCCGGGUCGGAUACAGAUCCGGGUCUGGAGUGGGUCGCCGGGUCGAAUCGAGGGUUUUCAGGUCGAGUUGAGGCCUUUUGGGCGAGGAAGACGCGUGGGGCGGGUAGGCAGCAGGUCACCGGCGCGUGA